AUGGGGUCCUUUAUAACAAUGCAUUCUUGUAAAAGGUACGUGCUGCUCGUUCUUCUUUUUUCUUUCGCUCGUAACACAUUGACUUCAGUGUCUCAUUAUUCAAUACCUGAGGAGAUGAAAGAAGGAUCCGUUGUAGCAAAUCUUGCUACCGAUCUCAAUCUGGAUGUUAAAACACUGAACCAGAGGAAGAUGCGUCUCGACAUCAUUGCAAACAAGAAAUAUCUGGAUGUGAACAAAGAGACUGGUGAACUCUAUGUUGUUGAAAAGAUCGACAGGGAAAAUAUUUGUCUAGCAAAAUCGUCUUGUUAUCUGAGAUUGGAGAUUAUACUAGACAACCCAGUAAGAAUUUUUAAUAUAGAAGUAGAAAUAUCGGAUAUGAACGACAACGCCCCGCAGUUUCGCAGAGACGCCAUACAUUUAGAUAUAUCUGAAGCGACGCCAAAAGGAGAGAGAUUCUCUCUCAGUAAUGCAGUUGAUCCUGAUGUUGGAAGUAAUUCAGUUAAAACAUACCACCUUAGUGAAAGUGAACAUUUUAAUAUUGAAGUUCAGACUGGCAGGGAAGGGUCAAAAUUUGCUGAAUUAAUAUUAACAAAGACUUUAGAUCGAGAGCAGCAUACUGUUCAUAAUUUAAUACUCACAGCUGUAGAUGGAGGCACACCUGCUCGUUCUGGCACUGCAAGUGUUAUUGUUCGUGUUUUGGACACAAAUGACAACGCUCCUACUUUUGACAAAUUAAACAACAUACAAUUAAUGGAAAAUUCUCCCAUUGGAAGCCUUGUUGUUCAUCUCAAUGCAACAGACUUAGACGAAGGGUCAAAUUCUGAUGUAACUUAUUCAUAUAGUUUAUAUACAUCAGAGAAAACACAAGAAACAUUUAAUCUGAAUCCUUCCACUGGUGAAAUUACUGUUAAAGGAAUGCUAAACUAUGAGGAUUUCAGGAUUUAUGAUAUGGAAGUUAUAGCAACUGAUAAAGGAGCCAGUGCUUUAUCAGGACAAUGUACUAUAAAGAUUCUGGUUGAAGACAUGAAUGACAACCAUCCAGAAAUAUCUAUUAAAUCAUUUCAGAGUCCAGUCCAUGAAAACAUAGAAUUAGACACAGUGAUAGCUGUAGUUAGUGUCAGUGAUAAAGACUCAGGUGAUAAUGGAGUAGUUGAUCUUCAUAUUCCAGAUAAUAUGCCUUUCAAACUGCGGGAGUCCUCUGAUAACUAUUAUGAAUUAGUAGUGUCAGAGCCUUUAGACCGUGAGAAGGUUCCAGAAUAUGACAUCACUUUCACUGUGACAGACAGAGGUUCUCCUCCUUUAUCUGACAAUGAAACUAUGACGUUAGAACUGCUGGAUGUUAAUGACAAUGUUCCACAGUUCCCUCAGUCAUUUUAUACUAUACGUGUAAAUGAGAAUAACGCACCUGGGGCUUUGCUCAGUUCACUCACUGCGUUUGACCCCGACCUCCAUGAAAACCAGUAUCUAGUUUAUUUCAUCCUAGAGAAGGAGAUAGCCAACACCUCCAUGUCCAUGCUGUUCUCCAUCAAUCCAGAGAACGGUAAUCUUUACGCACUAAAAACUUUUGACUAUGAGAUCGAGAAGGAGUUUCUUUUCCACAUCGAGGCCAGAGACUCUGGCUCUCCUCCUCUCAGCAGUAACGUGACGGUCCACAUCAUCAUAGUGGACCAGAACGACAACGCUCCGGUUAUUGUCUCUCCGUGGAGAGCGCACGGCUCUGUGGUGGAGGAAAAGAUCCCCAGAUCCACCGAUAAAGGCUCUCUGGUGGCCAAGGUGAUAGCCUUAGACACCGACUCGGUGCACAACUCUCGGAUUACCUACCAGUUUCUACAAGUGACUGACGCCACCUUGUUCAGUCUGGAUCAAUACAACGGAGAGAUCCGGACUAUGAGGAUGUUCAGUUACAGAGACCCUCGCCACCAGAGGAUGAUUGUUGUUGCCAAGGACAACGGGAAUCCCGCUCUCUCUGCUACAGUCACCAUCAAGCUGUCCACGAUGGAGACUGCGGUUAAGGCCUACUCUGACAUGACUGAGGUGCCUCUAGAAUAUGACAUCUUCUCAGACCUAAACCUGUAUUUGGUCAUCGGUCUGGGCUCGGUGUCAUUUCUCCUGCUCAUCACCAUAUUGGUCACCAUCGUGCUCAAGUGUCAGAAACCCAAGCCCAGCAAAGCGGCUCCUCCCUGCAGGAACAGUGUGAUCAGUGAGAGGAACUCCACCAUCGCAGAUUCCACUCUGGUCUCCAACGAUGCCUACUGGUACAGUCUGUUUCUAGCAGAGACCAGGAAAGGAAAGAUGGUGGUGAGACAGCCUGUGCCAAAGGGCUCCAGAUACAUCGUGUCCAGUUUACCAAGAGGAACAGGACUGACAGACACUAGUGACUCAGCAGCUUCCACUCUGCAGGUGAGAGUCCAAUAA